UGUUUUGGGUCUUUUAUAGUGUCUUCGGAAAAACAUCAAGAAGAAUUAAAAUACGACAACAAUUAUGAGGAGUGAUUCAUUACGAUCGUGUCCUCUGAUCACCAGUUGGAAGGCAUGUUCUUGGUCACAUUGUUUGGGGUCCUUGCUGAAGACUCGGCGGGUCUCCCGGGUCGAAAGGAAAAAUACGAUAAAAAACGAAAGGAAAUAGUUGCUGAAAUCAACUUAUUGGAUAUCGUCGGACCGUUAAUCGGCCUACCAUGAAUCUUGAACUCCUGGAAUCUUUUGGGCAGAACUAUCCUGAGGAGGCAGAUGGAACGCUGGACUGCAUCAGCAUGGCCCUCACCUGCACCUUCAACCGCUGGGGGACCCUACUGGCGGUGGGCUGCAACGACGGACGUAUUGUCAUCUGGGACUUCCUGACACGCGGCAUUGCCAAAAUCAUCAGUGCACACAUACACCCCGUCUGCUCCUUAUGUUGGAGUCGAGACGGCCACAAACUGGUUAGCGCGUCCACAGACAACAUCGUGUCACAGUGGGAUGUGCUGACGGGCGACUGCGACCAACGCUUCCGCUUCCCCUCGCCUAUCCUCAAGCUACAGUGCCACCCCAGAGACAUGGACAAAGUGCUGGUGUGUCCCAUGAAGUCGGCGCCAGUGCUGCUCACCCUGUCUGACUCCAAACACGUGGUCCUGCCUGUGGACGAUGACUCGGACCUGAACGUGGUGGCGGCCUUUGACAGGCGGGGCGAGUACAUCUACACCGGCAAUGCCAAAGGAAAGAUUCUGGUGUUGAACACAGACACUCAGGACCUGGUGGCGUCGUUCCGAGUCACCACUGGCACCAGCAACACCACCGCCAUUAAGUCCAUCGAAUUUGCACGCAAGGGCAGUUGCUUCCUCAUCAACACAGCGGACCGCAUCAUCCGGGUUUACGACGGCAGGGAGAUUCUGACCUGCGGCCGUGACGGCGAGCCGGAACCCAUGCAGAAGCUCCAAGACUUGGUCAACAGGACUCCGUGGAAACGCUGCUGCUUCUCCGGGGACGGCGAGUACAUCGUUGCUGGCUCAGCCCGGCAACAUGCCCUCUACAUCUGGGAGAAGAGCAUCGGCAACCUGGUGAAGAUCCUGCACGGCACGCGAGGCGAACUGUUGCUGGACGUGGCCUGGCAUCCCGUGCGCCCCAUCAUCGCCUCCAUCUCAAGUGGAGUGGUGUCUAUCUGGGCCCAAAACCAAGUGGAAAAUUGGAGCGCUUUUGCUCCAGACUUCAAAGAGCUGGAUGAAAACGUCGAGUAUGAGGAGCGAGAAUCUGAAUUUGAUAUUGAGGAUGAGGACAAGAGUGAACCCGAGCAGACAGGUGCGGACGCAGCCGAGGACGAGGAGGUGGACGUCACAACGGUGGACCCCAUCGUGGCUUUUUGCAGCAGCGAUGAGGAGCUGGAGGAUUACAAGGCUCUGUUGUACCUUCCCAUCGCCCCCGAGGUGGAGGACCCUGAGGAGAACCCCUUCGGCCCUCCACCGGACUCCACGCCUCAGGCAGGGGCCGCCGAGGAAGUGCAGGCGGGCAGUGACAAGAAACAGCGGCCGCCGUCCUCCGACGGAGCCCCGGCCAAGAAGAAGGCACGCACUACCAACAUCGAACUCCAGGGGGUGCCAGUUGAUGAGGUGCAUCCCCUGCUGGGCGUGAAGGGCGAUGGCAAGUCGAAGAAGAAGGCAGCGGGCCGGCCCAAAGGCUCCAAAGGUAAAGACAAAGACUUCCCCUUCAGACCCAAGCCCUACAGGGGGGGCGAGCGGCCGUCCUUCGCCAUGGACGUCCUGGGGAGCUCGGGCCCGGGAGGAGGCGGAGGAGGAGGAGGAGGAGGGAUGAAGGGCAGGGCAGAGGGGGGCCUGGCCACAGACAACAAAGGAUACAUUGGAAACAACAACAACCCAAGAAUACUGUAGGGACGCUGGUGACGCAGACAUACAAGCAGCACGACAUAGGAGGAAUGGACUGAAGCGACAAAAUAAAUAGAAGCACACAAUUCCUCUGUCAUGUGCAGACUGCGAAGAAAAUGCGCUCUUUCCAUGCCAGUCAUAAACCAACACCCACACCUUGGUCGGGACCACCAACAGGAGAGAUCACAUCCUCUGUUCUUUUUGACUUGUAUAGAAUUGUGUCAUCAGUGUGUGUGUGCGGGUGUGUGUGUGUGUGUGUGUGUGUGCGCGUGUGUGUGUGCGCGCGCGCGCUAGUUUUUAUACAUAUUAAAACAUUUUGGAAUUAAUGUCAAA